AUGCACUUCCUCCUACUCGGUGCCAGUGGACGAACUGGCCAGCAUGUUGUAUCUGAACUGCUCUCACAGGGUCAUACAGCGGUAGCCCUCGUGCGUACCUCUAGCAGCCUCGGCCCUCGUCCUGGCCUCAAUAUCGUCAUUGGCUCUGUGCUAUCGAAAUCCGACAUACAGAGCGCUCUUUACGCGACCCCUUCUCUAUUACCUUCCGCGGCGAUCAUCACCUUGAACACAGUUCGCAAGUCUGACAGCCCUUUCGCAGCUCAGGUUUCGCCUCCUCGUUUUCUAGCCGAUUCAUGCGCCAAUGUCUGCGAGGUUCUAGAGCAGGCUGGCAUUCAUCGAGUGGUGAUUAUGUCGACAGCAGGCGUAGGAGAUUCAUGGGCUAGACUGCCGUUGUUGAGUAAGGCAUUCAUGUCGUGGACCAAUGUCAAAUACGCGCUCGAGGACCACGGCCUCAUAGACAAGGAGAUCCGGGAAACGAAGAUGGAUUGGACGCUCGUGAGAGCGGUGAGGCUAGAAUUUGACGAUCCGAAGCCGACUAAGACGAAGCGGGAAGUAAGGACGCUGGGCAGUAAGGGCGAUGGAAUGAGCUUGACCGAUAGCGUAGGUAUUGCUAGUGUAGCGAGUUUCUUGGUCAAGGUUGCGGUUGAUGGACUUUUUAUUCAAAGCGCAGUUGUCGUGGCUGAUUAA